AUGCAUUCCUCACAGAACGACAAGACAAAGCGCAGCAAGCGAGCUGAUGCUCUAAAAGCACAGCAGACUCUCAAUCUUUUGAGACAAAUACCGCGCUUGGAAAUCCAGCAAUCGCUUGACAACCAAGCAGCCCAGUGUGAUGCCGCAAACAUAUUAGCCAACAAAUUAAAAUGGCAGAACGAUGAUCUGAUCGCUCGGCUGGACGAAGCUGAGAUGGUCAUAGCCAAAACGGAGACACGCGCAUAUGAAGCCGAGAAAAAGGCCGCCAAUUUACAGCAAGCCUUAUCACAGUCGGCAAUUGCUGCCGAGCGCAACGAAUAUUUCAUAGGGCUGAUGGCUACAGAGAAUGAAAAGUUGAAAGGAGCCAACGCUAGAAUUACAGCGAGGGCGGCUUCCAAAGAGAAAGAUUUCGAUCUGGAAGUGGAGAUGCUAGUACAACGAGCGCAGCUCUUAGAGGAAUCUCUCACGGCUGGGUUUCAAGCUGUUGAAACAUACAGUGCAUUCUUCCAACAGAACUACGAUGAUUGGAAUGAGCUCGUCAACACCCUCGAGAACUACAGGCGCCAAGAGAACGAACGAGCUACAAGCCUCUGGAAAAUGACAUCGGAGUUCAACACUACAGUAGAGAAUUUCCACGACGAGUGCAACGAGCUGAUUCGAGAUUUAGGGGCUCGUAUCGAUCACCGCAAGGACGCCACACUAGUCGACAGUGAUUUUGGCGAAGACAGCCAGAGUGACACCGGAGGUGAGUACCAUUCCUCGGGUGGGGAUGAUUAUCGCCUCCUUUCACAAGAAAUCUCCGAGACGGAUUUCGAAACCAUUUGUGACUCAGCCUAUGAGAGUGUACCGCCAGAAGAGAAUCGAUCCGACUUCGGCCGGACCAAAAGUCACAGCGAGGCCAUGGAUAAAUCAGAUACAAACUUGACCUCACCGAUCCCACCGGCACCGCCAAUACCAGAGACUCAGGGCGGCCUCACUCUGUCCCAGCUCGAUGAUUCUGGUGAUAUUAUGUCUUUUAAAUCCGACAGCGGUGCUGAGGAGUGUGGUUCGAACUCCAUACCGAGUCAACAGGUGCCCUCCGCGGACGACCCCCUCAUUCGCAACUCAGAGGACGACGAAUUUGUUGACACAUCAAUGCGGCUGGAACACAAUGUCACUACAUCACUGCAGGCGCUUGCCGGCGGUGCGUCCGCCGCAAGAGGGAGACCACGGUCACUGUCUGUUGGUGAUCUGCCCCGAUCUUUUACAAGAUCGGCCACCGCGCUGGACCAGAUGCCUGGCUCAUGGCCUCAGGAAAUUGUAUCUCACGGUGAUACCAUUUCUGUUUCCUCUUUCCCAAGCAGGGAUUUCGCGUCCUGGGCUUUGAAAGUGCUCACAAACAUUAUUCUCCCCGUGGUAUCGAGGUUCUUGAACAUAGUCAAUCCUGCAAAUACUAUCUGGAUCGUGUACGCAGCUUUGCUUUAUUUAGGGCUGUGGCGAGCCUUCAAGGACCAGUGGGAAUUGAAGCAGUGGGAACGCGCUAACGAAGCAUAUUUCGCCCAGCGUCUACGCAAUCAAUACGCGUCUCCUCCCGGGUGGAUUGAGACCAUAGGAUUCGAGAUUUCAAAAUGGCUCGAAUUUGACCGUUCUUCACUCGGUUAG